AUGGACAGUAACAAGCCAGAUUUCGAGCCGCAGUUUCACCGUAAUGCGUUCCUCGAAGUUCUUGGCGAAUUCAAACCUUUCAUCAUAAUGCUCGCUUCGUGCUUGACAGGAAUGUUCCUUCUCUACCGCGCGCAUGUUCAUUCGUGCUCUUUCCUCGGCCAGAUUAUUCUUUACUUUACGGGAUGCGUACUACUUCUUCCUUCAUUAUUGUUAUUUUUUAUGCUCUAUCAAGAUCUCUUGAAGCCACGUAAUAUUGUUUUUUACGCCGAAAGCCAAGAAGGCUCGGAAGCUAACCAUGAAACUGUAUAA